AUGGCCGCACACUUGCAAGAGACAAGCAGGUGUCCUGUGUGCCUGACUUACCUGGAGGCGCCCGUGUACCUGAAGUGUGGCUUCGCCUGCUGCCUCCGCUGCUUCGACUCCCUGCAGAGGGAGCCCGGCGGGGAGGGUUUCCAGUGUCCCUCCUGCUCCGCACUCUCUCGGAGGAAGGACCUCAGGCCAGGCACUCAUCUUGGGAGGCUGGUCUCCAGGAUCAGGGAGUUGGAGCCCCAGCUGAAAGCCGUUCUGCACAUGAACCCAAACGUGCACAAGUUCCAAGUGGAGGUGACCCUGGAUGUUGACACCGCCAACCACUACCUCAUCGUUUCUGAGGACCUGAGGAGUGUCCGCUGUGGGUAUUCCAAACAGACCCGGAGCGCCGGGGCCCAGAGGUUCGACUAUGCCCUCUGCGUCCUGGGCUCCCCUGGGUUCCCCUCUGGCCGCCACUACUGGGAGGUGGACGUGGGGAUGAGCAAGGCAUGGGACGUGGGUGUUUGCCGAGACUCCGCUGACCGACAAGGGCCCAUUCUACUGUCCGAAGAGCUUGGCUUCUGGACGGUGGGCUUGAGAAAAGGAGAUCUCUUCCGAGCCAGCACCGGGCCUGUGACCGUGCUCUCGGUGAGCCCCCGCUUACACCGAAUAGGGGUUUUCCUGGACAUGGGUCUUGGCACCGUUUCUUUUUAUCACGUGAGCGAUGGAGCCCACAUUUUCACCUUCACUGGAAUCCCUGCUGUGGGGCCGCUGCGUCCGUUUUUUGCUCCCGGGAGUCCCACCACGGAUGGUCAAGGCUUCCUGAGAAUCUGUCCCCUGAGGAACCCAGCUGUUGCUAGUCGCUCUCCAGUGGGCUCAGAUACAGAACACAGUUUCUAG